GAAAAACAUGAACUUACAAUACGCUUACACAAAGAAACGAAUGCAAUUUGGAAGGCAAUGCAAGCUUUCGGAUUUUCAAAAAAUUGAUGUUGAUGUUAAACCACAUAUAGGGCAUUCGUGUAAUUAUAUUCGAGUAGAUCCAGCAACUCAUGGGACUCAAUGUGGCAAAUCGUAUUCUGCUCAUGAGGUGAACACAAAUACCGCAACAUUCAAAGAUAGUAGUAUGUGCCAUUCCGAAGGUGGCUGGCCGAAGGACUUGAACGUGAAAGACACAGAACAAAUAGUCAGAUAUAAACGUAAAAUAGAGAAGGAUGAACUGUAUAUUCAUACAAUGCUUCAAUUGUUACCUCCAGUAGAACAUUGCGUACUGCAAAACAAUACUUGUAAUAUUUAUGAACAAUACUUCAGCUACAUGGAACCAGUUUCAUUAACGCAAAGAGCGUAUUCUCGUACAGUGAAUGUAUAUCGCGAUGUUUCACCAGUGAAGAGGCAAAUAACACAUCUUUCCUGGUCCCCAGAUCAAGGAAAUUAUUUUGCAGCUAGUUACUGUAAUACUGACUUCAAAAGAGGAUCAAACGACAAUCCUGUCUCGUACAUUUGGAAUGUGGAAAGUCCAAAUAUUCCUUGUAUGACGUUGAAACCAUUCUGUCCAAUUUUAACGUUGGAGUACAAUUCUAAAGACAGCAAUAUAUUAGUCAGCGGAUUAAUGACCGGUCAAGUAGCUUAUUGGGAUAUUAGAAAAGGACCAGAACCAGUUGAAACAAGUUCGGUAGAAUUUAGUCACAGAGAUUUAUGCAACAAAGUCUUGUGGAUAAAUUCUAAAACCGGUACAGAGUUCUUCAGCGCUUCGAAGGAUGGACAGAUAAUGUGGUGGGACAUUAGGAAAUUGCAAGUACCUACAGAAACAUUAGUGAUAGAUUUAUGUAAACCCGAGGAUCAAAAUGUUGAGAAAGCAAUUGGAAUCUCUGCGUUACAGUUUGAACCUUCUAUGGGUACACGGUUCAUGUGUGGUCUAGAAAAUGGCGUGGUAAUAUCGGGGAAUCGCAAAGGUAAAACUGCAGGUGAGAAAAUUGCAACUAGAUUUAAGGCGCAGUAUGGACCCGUGAUAAGUCUAGAAAGGAAUCCAACGUUUCUUAAGAAUUUUUUAACUAUCGGUGAUUGGACGACAAGAAUAUGGUCCGAAGAUUGCAAAGAAUCUUGUAUCGCUUGGACACCAGGCCACAGGGACUUCUUAAUGGGUGGAGCAUGGAGCGUGACACGGUUUUCUGUAUUUUUCUUAAUUAAAAUGGACGGUACUCUAGAUGUAUGGGAUUUGUUAAUUCAACAAGACUCUCCGAUUCUUAGCGUUAAAGUUUGCGAUGAAACUUUAACAUGUAUAAAACCUCACGAGCAAGGACACGUGGCUGCUGUUGCAAAUAAAAAUGGAACAACGUUUCUACUCGAAUUCUCGGAAGCAUUGACGACUAAUCAAAAAAAUGAUAAACUUUUAUUCACAGCUCUUCUGGAUAGAGAAACACGCAGAGAAAAAGUGAUAGAAGCAAAAAACAGAGAGAUGAGGUUAAAAAUGAAGUCUCUUCGAAAUACCAACGUCGAAAUCGAAUGCUCGGGAAACAUAAAAAACGAUGAAAAACCAGAUUCAAAGUCUUUGAAUCUGGAUACUGAUAAUCCAAUGAUAACGAAUUGCGAGCAAGAUUACAACAGUGCUAUUGCAAUGGAAAUAGCAAAGCAAGCGGCAACAGACGAGGAAGCAAACGACAAACAUCUAGUAAACGGUACGGCUAAUUCGAAAAAUGGUUUUUAAAUAUAUUACAAGAAUGUAAUUUAAAUAUAUUAAACGUGUUAAUUAAAGGUAUCUUCUCUCCAAUACUACUCCAAUUUAGAAAUGCUUUCCUCGUUAUUAACUUAUAUUUAUUAUAUAAUGUAUAAUAUACAAAUUUUAAA